AUGCAGAACUGGAAAAGUUUAGUCGUACUUUUUCUUCUAUGGAGGCAAAUAAUUGCAGAAAAUAUUCAAAAUCCAUUAAACAAUGAAGGAAAACAACUUUAUAGUUCCUCAAAUGCAGGACUUUUAAAGUUAUUACAAUUGGAACAGAGAUUCAUGGAAAACAUAAAGAUUUAUACAAAUAAGCUGACCGAGAAAGUUAAAAAUUUACAAGCAUUUAUCGAUUCGGUUGAUUAUAGAGCCAAUGAAACUUUUGAAGAUCGAGAGAAAUAUGUGAGUAAUCCGUUGAAUGCCUUUAGUUUACUAAGGCGAACACAUGAGGACUUGCCAAAGUGGCAUAAUUACACGCAACAAAUGGUCGGAAUGGAGGAAUUAUACGCCUUAGAAGAAAUCGCAGUAAAGGCUCCCGAUGAGGAGGAUAUGAAUUACUCCCUGCAGGGAAUGCAUCGCUUGGAAAAGAUCUACGGUCUGGAGGCAACAGAUCUAGCGAGGGGUCGCAUACAGGACAGGAAAUACGAUGUCAAGAUGUCAGCAAGGGAUUGCUUUGCUUUGGGUGAGCACAAAUAUCAAAAGGAGGACUAUCAAAGGGCUUCAAUGUGGUUCCGAAUGGCACUCAAACAUAAGCCCGAAGAAAAUGCGAAGCUCGUUAAUGAAAUCUUGGGAGACAUGAAGGAUAAAUUGCGAAAGCAUUAUGCCGCAUCAAUAAUUAUAUUUGGUCUAGUAAAAUCCGAUCCUACGCUAACCAUUGCCAAAUCUCGAGCGAUUGCCUUUGAAGCAUUGGGCAAAGCAACCCUGACAGAUCUGAAAACCCUUAUAACCGAGUUACUAAAACAAAGUGAUGAGGAAAUAGUUAGGGAAAUGAAUAUUAAUGGAACAGCUCCAUCUGACUAUGAACUGGGAUGUCGUGGACUACUUCCAAAGCGGAAAAACCUUUAUUGCAGCUACGAUUCCAGCACAACUCCAUUUCUAAGGAUAGCACCCACGAAACAGGAGAUAAUAAGCCUGGAUCCCUAUAUUGUAAUGCAUCACGAAGUCCUGUAUAACAAUGAGAUAGCUGAGCUCAAACUGCACGCCCAAAACAAGAUCAAGGUUACGAAUGAAAAUCGGAUGAAAAUAGACUCCCUUAGGAGGCGAAUGAUCAAUCGCAUUACUGACAUAACAGGCGUUGGUUUUCAAAUUACUCACGAGCUGCAUAUGCCCGAUUAUGACCUUAAAUCGUACUAUAAACCCAACCGUGAUUAUGCAUAUUGGGGCGGACCUAAGGUUACAUUACUGUUUUUUGCUUCUGACGUCGAAGGUGGUGCUACUGUCUUUACAAAAUCAAAAGUAUCAGUUUUUCCCCGAAAAGGGAGCAGUUUGUUUUGGUAUAAUCUUUUAGACGAUGGAACCCCAGAUCGUCGGAGCGUACAGGCUGAAUGCCCGGUUCUAAAAGGAAAUAAAUGGGUUUUUACUAAAUGGAUAAAGGAGAUAAACAGUCAGUGCACACAUAGGACCAAAAGUUGAAAAAACUUUAACAUAAAAUAAAUAUCCUUUAGAUUCAAUAAUUUCAGAUAUUGUUAUAAAUGAAAACUUAGAAGAAAGCGAAUUUUACCUUCCGAUUGAUAAUGCAAAAUAAAUAUUUUUUGCCGGUUUACAGGGUCGGAAACGAG